AGUGACGGUGGAUUCCAGGUGCUUUUUUGGAGGCUUCUUUCUAGCCCCUCACCGUAGGCAACUAAGAAAUGUGCCGGGGUGAGUUUUCAUCAGUUUCCGAUGUUUGGUUUCUCUCAUCACGUCGCUCUCUUUUCUGAGUUGGUGCUGACCAAGCUCUUAUUGACGGAUGCGGGGUUUGGGGUGAGCCCAUCAUUCACACCUCUUAACUGCCUCUCCCCACCAGCUUAGGAGCUUUAUGGAACGACACGCUCCAGCUGCUUUUCUGUCCUGGGAUAUGGCCUUUGCCGAUGCGUCUUGCUCUUAGGCAGACUGUCUUGGACGUGGGCCUGUGCACCGCUGGGGACAGGCCACACUGCGGAGCGUGUGCACACGGCGUGAGGUCCGUCUCCAGCGAGCCAGCCUGGGGUGGGAUUGCCGUGGGUCUGAACAGAGAAGGCCAGGUGGAUUUUUGUAAAACUGGCAAUUAGGUAUUUUAUUCAUGAUUACGAUGGCUUUCAUGUAAAACCUCAUCAACCCUCUUACUUUUACUUUUUUAGUACAAAAGUAAUAUUUGUUAUUUUUAGAAAAUGUAGAAAACAUGCAUAGAAAUAAUUACAUUCAGAUACUUAGAGAAAGUUAAGAAUGUUUCAGCCAAAUAGGUUCUUGGCACCCUUCCUUCCUUCCCUGACUCGGCAGGCGUGGAUCGCGCACCUGCCCCGGGCCAUGGGUGUGCCAACCCCGAGGCCUCGUGGCCUCUGCUCGUGCCUAGAACUGUGCCUAGCAUGGAGAGGGCACUCCCCACUGUGGAAUGUGUGGACGGACAGCAGUCUGUUUCCUUGUGUUCGCAGAACUCUUUUAAGUGCCCUGGUAUUUGGGCAGGAGAUGUGAAAUUCUACACUCAGAAGGUUCUGCCUGACAAACAGUCUUUUUAAAAAGGGUCCUUCCUUCUUCCCAAAGUUCCAAAAAGUCUUUUAGAGACAGCAGGGGAUAUUUUCCUUACCUGGUGUAUUUGGGCUCCAGCCGGACUCACCAGGAUGUCUGGGGGCGCCCGGGCAGAGGAAACGUGCAGAGGCUUAGGAAGCAUGGUUGGUGUUUGUGGGAUUCUUGGGGUGGUGCCUUGGUGAACUGCCCCAGGACCAUGCGGUCAGGUGUGCGGGCAGCUCUGGGCCCAGGGGCUGUGUGCACAGAGCACCUGUCCGUCUGGUGCUGCUAGGGCACUGGCCCUGAGCUGGUUGGGGAAUUGCAGGUCUGCAUCUGCUGUGUUCCUCCCAGUGCCUGCAGCACCCCAAUUUUCGGCCAGACAGGGCCGGUGCACUUCUGGAGGUGAACAGAAAGAAACGUGACGAUCUCUACAGCCGGCGUUAGUAAGAGGGUGUGUCCUCGAUGAGAGAGAUUCUGUUCGCUGUCACAGGACUUGGGGCAGAUUCAGAUGUGAAGCAUGUUAGCUCAGCACUCCCCUUGCUGCAGGCGGGCCAUGGCACUGAAAUGGUGAGGCACCCUCCCCAUUUGCAGAUUGUAAGUCUUGGAGCGGGGCUAGCGAUUCGUACUUAUUUCCACGGGCGGCCGGGGUGCGAGGUGCGUGGGGAGAACAGCUGGUCCGUGGCGCUGCGUGCUCUGGGUGGCCUGUGCAGCCCUGUGAUGAUCUCCCCAGGCCACCACCUGGCUGCCUAAGGCCCACGCACCUGCAGGCUCUGUGUUCUCAGGUGUCUGGCGGCAGAUUCUCAUGCCUUUGUGUGAGACUUGUCUUUUUCUUCUGAAAGUUUUGUGGGACUUUUUUCAUCUCCCUGCUCAGGGCUUGGUGGGCCCUUUGCAUUCGAAGAUUCUUGUCUGCCUUGAGCUCUGGGAAGCGGCUGGCGCUGUUCAGGGCUGGGAGCCACUCUCUCAGGAUGUGCUGUCAUCUGUUUGUGUCCUGGGUUACCUGUCCCCUCCCAGGCCCUUUGUUGAAGGCCGAGAGGUCUUCCUGGAAGGGACUGUUUUCCUUAUGUUACAGCCUGAGCCUGCGCAGAGUCCCGCACGCAGUUGGUACCCGCAACACUGCUGAAUGGCAGGUGUCUGUUGCCGGGAACUGUGUGGGGGAGGAGCUGGGACCUGGGAGGCUAAGGCAAGGGCUGUCUCCAGCCCACCCUGCACCCCAGGAAGGGAAGUGUGGAAAGGUAUUGACUGGUGGCUCAGUAAAAUGGCCUGGAAGUGGCCUUCGUGAUUCCAGAAUCUGCUCACUCCCUUUGGCACCAUGUCCUGCCGUGUCCAGGGUGGGCAGGUCCAGUCUGGUCUGGGUCCGGGGAAGGUCUGGGAAGAGUGACCACUCACCUCUUGGAGGGCCCCUCAGGUGAGUGGUGGAGGUGGCUGGAUGCAGGGAUGGCCAGUGCGGGUCUGCAUGGGUGUGUCUUGGAGGGCAGGGAUCAGAUCGUCUGGUGUGUGUGUCCCUGAUGUGGUGGGAGAGGGGGUGCUGGGUGGGUGUUCCGCACCUGUGGGCACUGUGAGGUGGUGGUGGGGGGAGGCUGCUGGGACAUGAUGACUCUGGGAGGGUGUGAGGUGGGCAGGCGCCUGUGGGGGCAGGUCCCAGGUGGAGAAGGUGGCGUGGUGUCUUGCUGUCUCAGGCCCUUCCUCUAUGAAUCCAUGUAAGUGUGGGUAAGCCAAGAAUAGCCCGGGUUCAAAUCCACCUUUGCUGUUAAUUGGCUGUGUGCUGGUAGACAAGUUACGUAGCUUCUCUGUGCCCCCACUCCCUCAUCUACCUGUGAGAAUUGUAACAGAGCCUUCCUCAGAGCAGUGGUGUUUAGGAUGACAUGCGCUGCGUGGCAAGUCCUGGCAGUGGGGGCCGCCAUUGCAGCCUGUGGGGUCACCGUGGAGGCUGUGAUAGUCGCUGUUGUGCUGUUCUUGUCCCUCGCUCUCCUCUUCUCCUCGGUGCGCCCAGACUGUCUGCCCUUGGAGGAUGGCUUCUCUCUCGCCUCGCCCUGUGUGCGUGGUCAUCACGGCUAGGUGCUGGCUUGGUCUUUCCGGCCCUGCCUCGCUUGGGGCCUGCUGCACCGUGGCUCAGGGCUAGGACCCCUCUCUGUACUUGCAUGUCUAGGGUGCUGCCCAGCAUGAGUGGAGGAGUUUAUCAGAACAGGACCUUUCACAGGAGGUUUUAACUUUGGAAGGGAAUAGAAAAGUGUCAUGGCAGCAAUAUUUAUUUCUAGAUCACCCUGAGUUUGUUUCCUUUGUUUUGUUUUAUUGUCCUCUUUACACCCUGAGUUUUUAAUGAUGAGUGAGUGAAGGAGUGACAGUGCGGGUUGAGCAUCCCUUUCCAGAUGCUCCAGAAUUGGAAACCUUUUGCACGGAUGUGAUGCCCCAGGCAUCGCUGAGCUGGUGACACCUUUGCUUUCUAAUGGCUUGAUGGACACAAACCUUGUUUCAUACACAACAUUAUCAAAAAUACCGCACAAAAUUACCCUCAGGCUGUGUGUAUAAGGUGUAUAUGAAACAUACAUGAAUUUCCUGUUCAGACCUGGGUCCUAUCCCAACAUAUCUCAUUACGUAUAUACAGAUGUUCCAAAAUCAGAAAAAAUCCGCAGCACUUCAGGUCCCAAAAAUCUCUUCUAAGGGACACUCAGCCUGUGUGGUGUGGUCGGUGACUCCUGAUGGGAGGCGGCAGUGUUGUGUGGCGAGUGGGGACCUUCAUAUCACAUCCCAUCUGUGCCUUGGGGCUUGGAUGAAUUGCUUCUGGCUGGACCUUCUUCCCUUUUCCACACAACGAAGAGGCUGGGUUAGAUGAUCUCCAGUCAGGGUGUUUCAGAGUUAGCUGGAAGGUGUGUGUGUGUGUGUGUUGGGUGGGGGUAGUUGGAGCUUCCUGGCCUUGCCCCAGACUUACUAAGUGAGAGUCUCUAGGAGGUGCAGGGGCCUGGGAGCGGACGUUCUUACUGGUAGCCCCGAUGCUGUAAUGCAAGUUCAGCUGGAAUCCAGUGCCCUGUGGUCUUCUGAAUUUCACUGUCUGUUCUGCUAGCUUUACUAUUAAUUGAUACAGUUUAAGGAAAAAUUAAACUAUAAGCUGAACAUAUGUGAUUAUUUUGGGAGGCCAAGGCAGAGGAUUGCUUGAGGUCAGAAGUUUGAGACUAGUCUGGGCAACAGAGUGAGAUCUCGUCUACAGAAAAAUUAAAACGUUAGCCAAGGUUCACCGGGUGUCUUCCCCUCGGCCCCUUCGCCCACGUGGUGAACACUGUGGACCUGCGAGGGUGUGAGGGUUGCGUUCCUGCAUUCUGGACUCUUUCCCCACUACUGAGAAGUGGCCAUGUGAAAUAUGAGUUGGCAAGGAAGAUCAGCAUGUAGGCUUAGACCCAGACGGUAUCUGCAGCCUCCUGAGCUACCUGGGCCUGGGCUUGAGCCCAGCAGUGAACAGCCUCAAUAAGAGGGACCCUGAAGGUCGGGUCCUGCACCUGGCCGGGAGAGAGGAAGAUCACAGUGCCGCUGAAAUUCUUGUGCUGGACCGGGAAGCUGAUCUCCGGGAGCUGUCUCAAAGACUGGGAUGAAUGUGGAAAUGGUCCUGAUGUCCAGGGGAAGUUUCUGCCAAAAUCAGUGCAAUGUAAAUUGCCAGAAGGAGGUGAAGGGCAACCACAGGUUUCAACAAAGACAAGCUGAACCAAUGCAAACUGGUUUUAUAUUAGAUACGUGACUUAAAAUAUCUCAAUAUAGUUUUACAGUUUUCUCCAAAAAAAAAUUAGCUGAGUAUGGGGGUGUGCUCGCUAUGGCUAGAGCCCAGGAGUGAGUUUGAGGCUGCACUGAGCAAUGACUGUGCCACUGCUCUCCAGCCUGGGCAAUGGAGUGAGACCGUGUCUCUAAAAAAUAAAAACAAAUGUGAUUAUAGAUAAUAAGAUAUUACUUAUAUGAAUUACAAACCAUUUCUUUUUAAUAAGCAGAGGCACAUGACAGUAAGAGUCUAGUAGAAAAAUUGAGUGGACUGCACAGAAUACUUAUCCAUCAUUAUGUCACACAGUGUGAGGCGGAUGGUGUGAAUAAACUGGGAAGUCAUGUCUGUCAUUGAGGCAGUAUCUAUUCCUGUUUGAGGAGAAAGCCAAGAGGUGUUCUGUUCCUUGAGGAAGCCAUCAAGGCUUCAUGACCUGCUGUCCUGGGGCCGUUCACAGUGAUAGCUGGCAUUUGCUGAAACGGGAACAACAGCACCUUUGUUGUGUGACAUCUACCAUGAGCCAGAUGCUUUUCCGAGUGUGCUUUAGUGAGACCGUUUCACGCAUGUCCUGCUUUCCCUCUCGCCUCACCUGUGAUAAAGUGAUUCCCCCUUGUAUUUGUUUCCUGGGGUUGCUGAAAGAAAUUACCACAAACUGGGGGGCUUAAGACAACACACAUUAAUUCUCCUGCAUUUUCAGGGGCCUCAUGUCUGCAGUCACUGUGACCUGGCUGAUGGCAGAUGUGGCAGAGCUGGUUCCUCUGGCGGCUUUAAGUCUGCUUCCUUCACCUUUGCAGCUUCUGGAGGCGACCGCCUGCCCGUCUGCCUGGGCUCGAGACCCGUCCUUGAAUUCCUGCGGUCUCUGCUUCCUUCCCCGCAUGGCCAUCCCCUCUGGCUCUGACCCCAGGCUCACAUGGGCGCACCUGACACUCUCCCCAUCUCCAGAGCCUUCACGAGGUCAUGUGGAUAGGAGGAGCCAUCCAGAAGCUUGGGAGUGAAGACGUGGGUGUAUCAGGGGCCAUCAGCCAGCCUGUCACACCUCUUAAGGAGAUCCAAUGAGAAGAUCCCCAAGGAUGUUUCUUGGCCAACUUUUACAUUUAUUUAUUUAUUUUUUAAUGAUGAACAUUAAAUAGUUAAAUGCCCAGUCCUAAUAUUUAAAUUAUUAAUAUAGUACUACUUAGAUAUUGAGUAAUGUAAUUUAUAUUCAUUUUUGACUCUUCUCUAUCAAAACGUAAUUUUACUAAGUGCGCAUGUUGUAUGUCCGUGUUUGUCAUCACAGAAGCCGCUCUUGGAGUCACCCAGUAAUAGCCUUUCCACUUUAUCUAGUUCUGUAGCUUUGGUGUGUGUAAAUUACUUCAAAUCUGUUUAUGAUCCUGUUGCUGGAAACUGUAUCCCAAGACACAAAAAUCUCUUCUAAUAAAUACCUUUAAAACAAUUAUUUCUUUAAAAAACAUAACCUCUGUUCUAUUUUGCAUCUUCACAACAUCACCACUUACUGUAUUGCUUUUUCAAGUGAUCUUUAAAGAGUUUUGCAGGAGAGACUACACAGCAGGCCCGAGACCAUCCUGAGAGGCCUGUGUGCCAGGCUGGCCCCUGAGUGGUAUCAGGACGGUGCCCACCGUCCUCACUGAGGAGGGGCUCCCUGUGCUCAGCUGCUUGUGUGGGCAACAGGGUUUGUGCUGAGAACCUGCCUUCCCUCUGGGAGUCCAGAGUCUGGGUGCGAGGUAGGCAGAGAGUGCCCAUGUGCCCAGCCCACAGUCAAAACUCUGGCACCGAGUCUCCGGUGGGCUUCCCUGGUGACGACACUGCACACACUGUUACGGCUCACUCUGGGGGGAGCUCAGUGCAUCCUGCGCGACCCCACCGGGAGAGGAUUCUGGAAGCUCGGGCCAGGUUUCCUCAGGACAUCGCCCCAUGGGCCUCUGCCCCUGCUGAUUUUGUGUGGAAUUCUUUCGCUCUAAUGAAUCUCAGCUGGCACUGUUUGAAGAAGCAAGCAUGGUAGCAUCAAGCAUUCCCUCAAGUAUGGCUCCACGGGAACAAUGAGACGUGCUCUUGGUCUUGGAAGCUCAUCAGAAUGUUUAGAGUUGGGGAGGCGUCCAAGCGCCCAUUGCCUGGGCCGGCGCCCCCGCGGGUGCGGAGUGUGGAGGUUGCCCGGGGGAGGGCCGGCUAUGGAUUCACACUUUCGGGACAGGCGCCCUGUGUGCUCAGCUGCGUCAUGAGAGGGAGCCCUGCGGAUUUCGUGGGCCUCCGAGCUGGAGACCAGAUAUUUGCUGUCAAUGAAAUCAAUGUGAAAAAAGCGUCUCAUGAAGAUGUAGUGAAAUUAAUUGGGAAGUGCUCUGGUGUCCUGCACAUGGUGAUUGCUGAAGGCAUCGGCCGCCUCGAAUCCUGUUCCAGUGACGAAGAAGGGGGACUCUAUGAAGGAAAAGGCUGGCUGAAACCCAAGCUGGAUUCUAAAGCACUAGGUAUAAACAGAGCAGAGCGAGUCGUGGAGGAAAUGCAGUCUGGUGGAAUUUUCAAUAUGAUUUUUGAAAACCCGAGCCUUUGUGCCAGCAGUUCAGAGCCCUUGAAAUUGAAACAAAGAUCCCUUUCGGAGUCGGCCGCAGCUCGAUUUGAUGUUGGACAUGAAAGUAUGAAUAAUCCAAAUCCCAACAUGCUUUCUAAGGAGGAAAUAUCGAAAGUUAUUCAUGAUGAUUCGGUUUUCAGCAUUGGACUAGAAAGUCAUGACGAUUUCGCAUUGGAUGCAAGUAUUUUAAAUGUGGCGAUGAUCGUGGGCUACUUAGGCUCCAUUGAACUUCCUUCCACGAGCUCCAAUCUGGAGUCCGACAGCUUACAAGCCAUCCGUGGCUGCAUGCGGCGCCUGCGGGCAGAGCAGAAAAUUCACUCGCUGGUGACCAUGAAGAUCAUGCACGACUGUGUGCAGCUGAGCACUGACAAGGCUGGGGUCGUGGCCGAGUACCCGGCCGAGAAGCUGGCCUUCAGCGCCGUGUGCCCGGACGACCGGCGAUUUUUCGGGUUGGUGACCAUGCAGACGAAUGAUGAUGGGAGCCUGGCCCAGGAGGAGGAGGGCGCCCUGCGGACUUCCUGCCAUGUAUUCAUGGUGGACCCAGACUUGUUUAAUCACAAGAUCCACCAAGGCAUUGCUCGGCGGUUUGGGUUUGAGUGCACGGCUGACCCGGACACCAAUGGCUGUCUGGAAUUCCCGGCGUCCUCCCUCCCUGUCCUGCAGUUCAUCUCUGUCCUGUACCGAGACAUGGGUGAGCUGAUUGAGGGCAUGCGGGCCCGCGCCUUUCUGGACGGGGACGCUGAUGCCCACCAGAACAACAGCACCAGCAGCAACAGUGAUAGCGGCAUCGGGAACUUCCACCAGGAGGAGAAGAGCAACCGAGUCCUUGUGGUGGACCUGGGUGGGAGCUCAAGCAGGCACGGCCCCGGAGGCAGCGCGUGGGACGGUGUGGGUGGGAGGGGUACCCAGCCCUGGGGUGCUUCCUGGUCUGGACCCUUCUGUCCGGACUCUGAAGGGAGCCCCCCAUUUGAGGCCGCUCAUCAGACUGACAGGUUCCGGGACCUAAACAAGCACCUAGGACCGGCCUCCCCUGUGGAGGUGCCUCCAGCUUCUUUGAGGAGCUCAGUCCCCCCUUCCAAGAGGGGCACCGUGGGCGCCAGCUGUGGUUUCAACCAGCGCUGGCUCCCGGUUCACGUGCUCCGGGAGUGGCAGUGCGGACAUGCCAGCGACCAGGAGUCUUACACAGAUUCCACCGACGGCUGGUCCAGCGUCAACUGCGGCACGCUGCCCCCUCCUAUGAGCAAGAUCCCCGCGGACCGCUACAGGGUGGAGGGCAGCUUCGCGCAGCCCCCGCUGAGCGCUCCCAAGAGGGAGUGGUCCAGGAAGGCCUUUGGAAUGCAAAACAUUUUUGGUCCCCAUCGAACUGUUCGAAAGACUAAGGAAGAUAAAAAGGGCUCAAAAUUUGGGCGGGGAAUUGGACUCACUCAGCCUUCUCAACGCACGUCUGCUCGGAGAUCAUUUGGGAGAUCUAAGAGAUUCAGUAUCACUCGCUCCCUUGAUGAUCUUGAGUCUGCAACUGUGUCUGAUGGUGAGUUGACGGGCGCCGACCUGAAGGACUGCGUCAGCAACAACAGCCUGAGCAGCAAUGCCAGCCUCCCCAGCGUGCAGAGCUGCCGGCGCCUGCGUGAGAGGAGGGUCGCCAGCUGGGCCGUGUCCUUCGAGCGCCUGCUGCAGGACCCCGUCGGUGUCCGCUACUUCUCUGAUUUUCUAAGGAAAGAAUUCAGUGAAGAAAACAUUUUAUUCUGGCAGGCCUGUGAAUAUUUUAAUCAUGUUCCUGCACAUGACAAAAAGGAGCUUUCCUACAGGGCCCGGGAGAUUUUCAGUAAGUUUCUGUGCAGCAAAGCCACCACCCCGGUCAAUAUCGACAGCCAGGCCCAGCUAGCAGACGAUGUCCUCCGUGCACCUCACCCGGAUAUGUUCAAAGAGCAGCAGCUCCAGAUCUUCAAUCUCAUGAAGUUUGAUAGCUACACUCGCUUUCUGAAGUCCCCACUGUACCAGGAAUGCAUCUUGGCGGAAGUGGAGGGCCGCGCACUCCCGGACUCCCAGCAGGUCCCCAGCAGCCCGGCUUCCAAGCACAGCCUCGGUUCAGACCAGUCCAGUGUGUCCACGCCAAAAAAGUUAAGUGGAAAAUCAAAAUCCGGCCGAUCCCUGAACGAAGAAAUGGGGGAUGAGGAUAGUGAGAAGAAGCGGAAAGGCGCGUUUUUCUCGUGGUCACGGACCAGGAGCACCGGGAGGUCCCAGAAGAAGAGGGAGCACGGGGACCAUGCAGACGACCCCCUGCAUGCCAAUGGAGGCCUGUGUCGCCGAGAGUCCCAGGGCUCUGUGUCCUCUGCGGGGAGCCUGGACCUGUCAGAGGCCUGCAGGACUUUGGCACCCGAGAAGGACAAGGCCACCAAGCACUGCUGCAUUCACCUCCCGGAUGGGACAUCCUGCGUGGUGGCUGUCAAGGCGGGCUUCUCCAUCAAAGACAUCCUGUCUGGACUUUGUGAGCGGCAUGGCAUCAACGGGGCGGCCGCGGACCUCUUCCUGGUGGGCGGGGACAAGCCUCUGGUGCUGCACCAAGACAGUAGCAUCUUGGAGUCAAGGGACCUGCGCCUAGAAAAGCGCACCUUGUUUCGGCUGGAUCUUGUUCCGAUUAACCGGUCAGUGGGACUCAAGGCCAAGCCCACCAAGCCUGUCACGGAAGUGCUGCGGCCCGUCGUGGCCAAGUAUGGCCUGGACCUCAGUGGCCUGCUGGUGAGGCUGAGUGGAGAGAAGGAGCCCCUGGACCUUGGAGCCCCUAUAUCGAGUCUGGACGGACAGCGGGUUGUCUUGGAGGAGAAGGACCCUUCCAGAGGAAAGGCAUCCACAGAUAAACAGAAAGGUGUGCCAGUCAAACAGAACAUAGCUGUAAAUUCCAGCUCCAGAAACCACUCGGCUACGGGAGAGGAAAGAACACUAGGCAAGUCUAAUUCUAUUAAAAUAAAAGGAGAAAAUGGAAAAAAUGCUAGGGAUCCCCGGCUUUCAAAGAGAGAAGAAUCUAUUGCAAAGAUUGGGAAAAAAAAAUAUCAGAAAAUUAAUUUGGACGAAGCAGAGGAGUUUUUUGAGCUUAUUUCCAAAGCUCAGAGCAACAGAGCAGAUGACCAACGUGGGCUGCUAAGGAAGGAAGACCUGGUGUUGCCAGAGUUCCUCCGUUUACCUCCUGGUUCCACAGAACUCACCCUCCCCACUGCAGCUGCCAUGGCCAAGGGCUUUAGCAAGAGAAGCGCCACAGGCAACGGCCGGGAGAGUGCCUCCCAGCCCAGCGAGCAGUGGGAGCCAGCCCAGGAGAGCAGCGACAGCCCGUCCACCAGCCCGGGCUCAGUCCCCAGCCCCCCUGGGCCUCCCGGGACGACCCCCCCCGGGCAGAAGUCUCCCAGCGGGCCCUUCUGCACUCCCCAGUCUCCCGUCUCCCUCGUUCAGGAGGGCACCACGCAGAUCUGGAAGAGGCAGUCUCGGGAAAUGGAGGCCGGGGGCAUCCAGACGGUGGAGGAUGAGCACGUGGCCGAGCUGACCCUGAUGGGGGAGGGGGACAUCAGCAGCCCCAACAGCACCUUGCUGCCGCCACCCUCCAGCCCCCAGGACGUGCCAGGACCUUCCAGACCAGGAAGCGGGACCCACGGCAGCCGAGGCCUCCCGGUCAACAGAAUCAUUGACGUGGAUCUUGUAACUGGCCUGGCGCCCGGGCAGGAUGGUGGCAUCGCGGGGGCACGGGCUGACCCUGGGAGGGCGCAGGCCGGUGGUGGGUCUCCUACGUCAGACCUCCCUGGCCUGAGCCCCGUCCCAGGUGAACCCGCGAAGCCCAAGGCCAGCGCGCACCACGCCACCUUCGUCUGAGCUGCCCUGGCCUGGCCAACUCUCCCGUGGACAUGUUGGGGUGGGGCAGCCCCCGUGGAGUCUGUGAGCCUCAGAGGGGCCACCGCAGCCACCAACACCCUCAGGAGCCAGGAGGGCAGGGGUGACCUCGCUGGAGGCACUGGCCCCGGACAUUCACCAUGCUGGCCCUGGCCCCCUGUUGUCCAAUAAAGCGUUUCUGAGGACC